CAAGGAUAUGGGUCAACUACAAAGUGUGAAAAAUUACAAACAACUUCAAAUAACUGGCUCCAGCGCAUGAAAGAGUUAACAAAGCAGCUUCCUAGAAAGGGCUUACGAUUGUGCAGCUGCUACAGGAAGACCAGACCAGGUGCAGCUAAACUGGGAGUUGUAGUCCCCCCCCCUUCCCUUCGCCAAGAAUGCACAGUAGUUGCAUUAAAAUCACCAUGCAAUGCAUAUGCGUGAGAUUUAGUAGAGCUGUAGGUUCCAUCGCUUUAUCUUAACUCGGAUAAUGAAAGCAACACCCAAGAGCUGAGAAAUUAGGCGCUGCUACAUCUAGGACAAUGAGCGUAGUCCUUAUAGACCUCUAAAUCCUGAAAGUCUAGCUAUACUCCACACUGGCAAAGAGAGAAGUGAGUGCAAUGGGGGGGGGGGGUAUAAAAAAAAAAAUCUCCGGGUUGUGCAAAAGCUGAUCUCAACUCCAGAAAAGCAAAUGAAACAAUCUAACAAAAAAUGUUGCAAAAAUUUCAGAAGAAGCAGCCUUUAUCCAAGAGCAGUGCAAAGUCCAGGAGCAGGUUGAGGGGUGCCAUGCCAAACUGAAGGGGUUUUGUAGCUACUAGCAUCCUAGUAGACGAGCCAGGAGGUUGCUGCUGCUGCUGCUGUAGUCAAGAGGGGGAUCAUCUCUCCAAACCCCCCCUCCUCCUCCUCCUCUUCCUCCUCCACUCCCACCUCCCCCUCGUCCUCCUCCUCCACUCCCAGCCUCUCAGCUAGCUGAUGCCUGCACACAGCACAUACUGAGCCAGGGGAAGAGGACACAACACACUCAACUCUUGCUUCUUCUUGCUGCUGCUGCCGCCGCCGCCGCUUCUUCAUCUCUUCUUCUUCUUCUUCUGCAUCUUGGAGGUCAUUGCAAACCUGAACUUGAGCUGGACAUUUCCUAGUGACUAAGAAGUUUGCAAGAGGAAGGGGGGGGGGGGAUUGGCCCACUUUGCUCCCCCCCUAUUGUUUGUGCUGGAGCCUGGCACCAAUCAUUGGCAGGAGGGAGCUAAGAAGGAGGAGGAGCAAGCACAAACUCGCCCCUUGCAAGCAAUGUUUUCCCCUCCUGUCAGCAGUGGGAAAAAUGGACCAACGUCUUUGGCAAGUGGACAUUUUACCGGGCCAAAUGUAGAAGACAGAGGUAACUCAGGUUCCUGGGGGAGCAGUGCACAUCCGAGCCCGUCCCGGAAGCUGUCAUGCAGUGUGCAGGCCAGUGUUCAUCCCCCCCGGAGGUGGCUGCAUAAUUAUGGGGAAGGAGGUCAUUAUGAACACAUGGCAAGCAGGGACCUGACGUCACAUGACAAUCUCUCCCCUCCGUACGUCAAUUCAAGAUUACAAAAUAAAUCAGACAGGACUUCAUAUACGUGUUUCGGGAGAGACUCAGAGAUACAGGGCUGCCAUCAGCAAAGCCUGCUCGGAGGUGACAUGAACAUUGGGAAUUCAGGAGCUCUCUCACCCACAAAGCCUGGCUCACAGUACUAUCAUUAUUCAAGCAAUAACUCCAGGAGGAGGCCUUUUCACAGCAGCUCAAUGGAGGUACAAGCGAAGAAAGUUAGAAAAGUGCCCCCAGGUUUACCCUCCUCAGUUUAUGCCCCAUCAGCAAGCACUGCCGACUACAAUAGGGACUCACCAGGUUAUCCAUCCUCGAAGCCAGCUUCCAGCACUUUCCCUAGUUCCUUCUUCAUGCAAGAUGGUCACCAUAGCAGUGACCCAUGGAGUUCGAGUGGAAUGAACCAAGCAAGUUAUGGAGGGAUGUUGGGCAAUUCUUCUCAUAUUCCACAGUCAAGCAGCUACUGCAACUUGCAUCCACAUGACCGUUUGAGCUAUCAAUCACACUCCUCAACGGACAUCAAUUCUAGUCUUCCUCCAAUGUCCACGUUUCACCGGAGCAGCACCAAUCACUAUAACGCCUCUUCCUGUACGCCGCCUGCCAAUGGAACAGAAAGUAUUAUGACAAACAGAAGCAGCGGACCAUCGGGAAGCUCGCAGACCGGGGAUGCGCUGGGAAAAGCUCUAGCAUCAAUCUAUUCACCUGAUCACACCAACAACAGUUAUUCUUCCAAUCCUUCAACUCCAGUUGGGUCUCCGCCAUCUCUCUCAGCAGGCACAGCUGUUUGGUCAAGAAAUGGCGGACAGACUUCCUCCUCUCCUAACUAUGAAGGCCCCUUGCACUCUCUACAAAGCCGAAUUGAAGACAGAUUGGAAAGAUUAGAUGAUGCGAUUCAUGUAUUAAGGAACCAUGCAGUGGGGCCUUCAACGGCCAUGCCAGGAAGCCACAGCGACAUGCACGGAUUAAUUGGACCAUCUCACAACGGAGCUAUGGGCGGCAUGGGGUCGGGAUAUGGAACUGGCCUUUUGUCAGCAAACAGACAUUCCCUAAUGGUGGGAUCUCACCGAGAAGACGGUCUACGAGGGAAUCACUCACUUGUGCCAAAUCAGGUGUCCGUGCCGCAGCUACCCGUUCAGUCGGCCACAUCGCCAGAUCUAAAUUCCACCCAAGAUCCGUAUCGAGGCAUCCCAACCGGUCUGCAAGGACAGAACUUGUCUCCGGGAAGCUCGGAAAUCAAAUCAGAUGACGAAGGAGAUGAAAAUCUUCAAGACUCGAAAGGAUCUGAAGACAAUAAAUUAGAUGAUGACAAGAAGGAUGUCAAAUCAAUUGCGAGGUCAAGAUCUAGCAAUAACGAUGAUGAGGAUCUGACCCCAGAGCAAAAAGCAGAGAGGGAGAAAGAAAGAAGAAUGGCAAAUAACGCCCGUGAGCGCCUCCGAGUUCGUGACAUCAACGAGGCCUUCAAGGAGCUGGGAAGGAUGGUUCAACUUCACCUUAAGAGCGACAAGCCCCAGACCAAGCUUCUUAUAUUACAUCAAGCUGUAGCCGUGAUUCUUAGCUUAGAGCAGCAAGUCCGAGAAAGAAACCUAAAUCCUAAAGCAGCAUGUCUAAAAAGAAGAGAAGAAGAAAAAGUCUCCUCAGAUCCUUCACCUUUGUCUCUUUCAGGACCCCAUGGUGGAAUGGGGGAUGCAUCCAAUCAUUUGGGACAGAUGUAAAAAGGUCCAAGUUUCUUUUUGCAUUUCUUCAUUUAGGCAGGAAGCCACUUCCUUAACAGCUGUAUUAUCUUAAACCCAUAUAAACAUUUCUCCCCAGACCUUUUUGUAAAGUAAAAUAAGACAAGUCUGAGUAGAUAUAUGCAUUACAGACGCAAGAGGUUUCAGCAUUCCCUACGCUAGAAGAGCGCAUCUCGGAGGAGGACUCUCAACGUAUCCUACAGAAUGUCCGGAGCAGUACGUUCAAGGCUACAGUGACACAGCCUAGACAGUGAAUGGCAAUCUACUCCACGCCGUGGAUCAAUGCAUUUGUGCCUAAACUUUUGAAAAAAAAAAUAUAAUGAAUUUGUAAGUCUGAAAAAAAAUAUUUAAUUUAAAAUUGUAUACUUGCAAUAAUGAAAAAGUGUACUUCGGGGGGACAAAAAAAACACAAAAUAACAAAAAAAAAGACAAGUUUUUGUUGAUGUUGAAUUCCACUAGUGUUUAUAUUUUCUGGAGAAAAAAACUGGGUUAAGCGGGGGUGGGGCUUUGGUGGCCGGAUAUUUACAAAACCAGCAAGUGUCCGAUUUAACAAAAAAUAAAAUAAAAAAUGAAGUGAUGAUAUUAGCCAUUCCUUUAGGGUAGGAGGAACAGAUGGAUCUAAUAGACCUAUGACAAAUAUAUAAAUAUAUAUAUAAAUAUAUAUUAAAAUGUAGUGCAUAUGGUAAACUUUGGUUCAUUUGUUUUAAAAACUGUUUUUGCUCCUGUAUAAAUAAUAAUGAUGAAUAACUUUUUUAAAAAAGAGACUUUACUGUAAAUAGUUUUUUUUUGUGCGUCUUUUCUGUCCCUUUUUUUUUUUUUCCUCGUUUUUGUUCUUGUGACUUGUCAUGUGAACUCUGUGGGGGAGGUAAUGCAGGAUAAUACGCUGAGCCUAGAGUUGCUUCUCAGUCAUGAAACAGAGUUGUUAUUCCAGUUUAUGGGAAAGCAGGUCUUAAGACACACCAUGUACAUAGUGCAGGCAGCAAAAAAAAAAUAAAAAGUUAAAAAAAAAUAUAAAAAAAUGGCAUCUUGAGUUUUGCCAAGCUGCACAUUUGACUCUAUUCUGGGAUUUUUUCAUAGGUACAAGGUUAGAAUGCUACAAAAUGUUACCACUGUGCCUUCCAAUGUUUGUAUCAUCAUAAAAAAAAAUAAUACUUAAAAAAAAGGAAAAAAAAAAUUGUAAGUGGCUGUGAUAUAGCUAAGCAAUUACAAGUGUUAACUACAUAUGUAGCUGAAGCGGUAUGCAACAAGAAUAUAUAUUUUUUUCUGAUGUGGUCGGAAUAUUUGAUAGGUGUCUACUAGGAGAAUUUGUGUGCUCGAUGACCACUUGCUGCCAUUUGUAAAAAAAAAAAUAGCAGUUUCAUGGCCCAAUCUUGGAAGGCGUUAUGACUGGGGGGUGGGCUACCUUUAUGAGUACGCAACCAUCAUCUACAAGUUUUUUUUUAGGUUUUUGUGGGCCAGUACGAAUGUGAUAUGUUUUUGGAUUUUUAAAAUAAUUUUUGCAACAGCUUGGCGUCACUUUCCUUGCCGAUAUUGGCAUGUACUGACCUUGCUACCACUACAGAUUCUAUCAGAUACAGUAUCAUCUCUAUACUGUCCUCGUCACCAGGCAUUUGCUAGAUUUAUUUUAUUUUUAUUUCCAGCCACACAAACUUGCCGUGUAGUAAACUCUAUCCCUCAUUUUAAGUAGGAUUAUCACCAUGGAAAAAUGCCCUAACAUUGGUCUAAACGUCCAUCUGUUCUCCAGCUAUAUACAUUCAUUUGUAAAUUUUAUGCAACAAAUGACAAAGUAUCAUUAUUUUGAAAUUGUGUAUGUAAAAUUUAUAUUUUUUACAUGUAGACUUGUUAUUAUGUGUUUUAAUAUGUUGUAUUGGAUUUUUUUUUUUUAUCUGUGUAGUUGACAAAAAAAAUCAACUUUUAAAUUGAAUUUUCAAAAAUGUUUUCCUUUUUUUUUGUGUGUUUUUGUUUCCAUUCAUGAACAAGACUGAAGGUUUCCCUGUCAUCAUUUCAUAUCUUUCAUAUGUAUGAUGAAAAAAAUCUGUAAAUAUGUUAAAUGUGGGGAAAAUGAGAUGCCGUCAUCGGUUUUAUACAUUUCUUUUGUAAAUGUGGAGGUGGAUUUAGGGUUGUUUGUACAUUACGCUAUAAAGAAAUCAAUGGGUUUAUCUCCCCUUGCCCUUGAUGUUAUUUCAUUUAACAAAAAAAAAUUGAAAAAUAAUAUUGUACGUUGUAUUAUGAUCUUUUUGCCCAUUUUCAAAGGUUAUACCUUGAAUAGUUUAUUCCAACAUAAUAUGGGUUAAAAAAAAUAAAAAUUAUUCUCUGCACAGGUUAUUGUAGAAUAUCGCAACCCUUUUGGUGCUUUUUCAGUGUCAGUAUGAAAUGUUUCGAAAUUUUUGCGAAUUUCUAAUUAAGAGGCGAAGGGAUAAAAACUGCAGAGUAAUAGCAAUGUGGGCAUGAGUACUGUAUAAUAAUAGAGUGAGUAUAUAACUGAACAAUGAUGUAAACCUAUCUGACAACAUAAAGUGGUGCUUCUAUUUUUAACUGAAAGUUGACGUGAAUGCUUCUUUUUCCAAGCUUGAAAUAUUGCGUAACUGUCUUUUCUGUUUCGCCAUUAACACGUAAAGAAUAAUUCCAAUUCUAUUUGUAGGCCAGUCUCAGUUGCACAAAAAUAUUGACAUACCCUAAUAGUCAUACAUUUUAUUUGCAUAGGGUUUUAGAUAUCUUUUUUUCUAACAAUCCUACAUGGUUUAGAUAAAAUUUGUAUAACCACAGCAUUUCAUACAGGCAACUAGACAAGGAUUGGAUCAGAGGUGUGACAUCUGAGCCCCAAUUCAAAAUCUGUAACAGCCGCCCCCACAUGCCUACUAGAUAAUACUUGCGUAUCCUGUGUUACUGCUACCAAGGUCCUGUGUUACUGCUACCUCUGUACCCCCUUUAUCGAUGGUAUUCUUUAUAGUGGUUGAUAUAAAACUGUAAAGUGCCCCUCUGUACCUAGUGAGGGCACUGCCCAGUCCAAUUCAAGGCUCAACAAUGCAUAAUUUUAUUUUUCUUUAGCCAGUUAUACAACCUAAUUUGUUAAAGGAGUAGCCACGGCAUGAGAUCCCCCUGAAUGUGGUGUCAUAAUGUAAAUUUGAGGGACCGUAAUGGGGUCUCCAAUUACCCCUGGUAAGGCAAGUCAAUUGGCUGGUUAGUUCCAUGGGGGGGGGGGGGGGGGGGGUGAGAAUCAGAAUAGCUGACCCCCCCCCCAGUGUACAUAUGACACAUGUUUUAUUUUUUAUUUUUUUAUUUAUUUUAAUAAAAGAUUGUCAUGAGAUCCACCUCCACAUUCAAUUCAGGAUAUGUUUCACCUGACACAGAUUCUGUCUUAUAGAAGGGAAGUCUUUGCCACUUUCCUUCAUCUAGGGGCAAAGAACAGGAAAAUGAAACUGUUAACCCAACCAGCAAUGCAACUAGUUCUGGUUCAGUCUUCCAAUUUCCCACAGUUUUUCUUUUUUUGAAGGGGAAAGGGUGGUUGAUAGGAAUCUUGGAGUUGCAAAAAGUUUAAUUUUGCCACAUUAGGCAAAGGUAGGAUAUUCUGUGUGUCAUAAGCACCAAGUGGUACCUCCCUAGAGGAAAGCAGCACAGUAUCCGAACAAAGAAGCACAAAUAAAAACUGGAGCAAAAAAAUUCUCAAGACUGAACACCGAUCCUGGCAUAUCGAGGUACCAAGCCUUUGUGUACCCCUCAUUCUUUGCCACUAAGGACUUGAAGUUGAUGCAUUUUUGUGCAGUGCUGGGCUCUCAAUAUUAAUUUCAAGUAUUAUAGACAUAUGUAAUGGUGAAAAUUUAUGAACUGUGGCCUUUUUCAUUGUUACUUGUAAUGCAAUUAAGUAAAGAUAAGGAAAAAAAAAGCAGAAAUUCACCAUGUAUCAGUGCCUGGCUUUUAUUAUAACGUUUCUUUUGUCUAGUGCUCUUUUUGCUAUUCAAAUAGACUGUAGUAUUCCCUAAAGCAUAAAAUAAACAAAAUUAAAAAAUAAGAAAAAUAUAUAUUUGGCUUACAUUCAAGAUUUUUUUUGUUUUUCUCUUUUUUUUUUACCAUCGGACAAUUAUUGGAAUUGUAUGAUUCUGAAUAUUUCUCUGGAAUCAUCAACUUAAAAUCUCAUUUUUUAUUUACUAUUUAUACUUCGUUCUUUAACUCGUGUUAUAAAGAUGCAAUUGUAUGGUGGUUCCCUUUCCGUUUUCUAUACUUCUUUUUUUUUAUUGGUCGCAGAGGGGGCAUUUUAUUUGCGGCUGAACAAAUACAUGAGAAAAAAAAUAUAAAAAAAAAUUGGAAAAUUACGAAAUAACAAAAAAAAAAAAAAAGAACAGUUACACCUUGUUCUCAAUGUGUGGCUGAGUGCCUCGAUUUUUUUCAUGUUUUGGUGUGGUUCUGAUUUGUAGAAGUGUCCAAACAGGUUGUGUGCUGGAGUUUCUUUGAGAAAAAAAAUGCACAGCUUAGUGUAGGCCAUUACCUGUCUCUCAACAGUAGUUAUUCAAUGCAGCCAUGUACAUAACCGUUAUGUAGCAAUAAAUGUGCCGUUUUUAUAAACUG